AUGCUGUUCAUUCCUGCUUGUGAUUCCUAUCCUCUUUAAAUCAUAUAAAGGGCACCAAAUAAUAAAUGAGUUGGAUGGAUUUACUCAACGCUGUUAUAGGAAUACAGGUUGUUAAUUGUUAACUAAUGAGUUGGUUGACUGGAAAAAAAAACUUACGAGCUGGUCAUGAUGUUCUGGUUCACAUGUGGAUGUGCCUCAACAGCAAGCACAAGAUCCUGAUACAGUGGAUCUUGCUUUCCACAGCUAAAACAUGCCAGCUCCAAAUUACGAGAGUUGACAUUGUUGUUACCAACACUUCUUUUUUUUUCUCAGGAAAUUAUACUGUCUACUUUAGUUUAUUUGUCAAUAUGGCUAAUCUAUCAGUAUAACCAGACCUACCAAAAUAAAUUGAUGGAUAUUUCAUUUUAUAUUUAUCAUAUUAUUAUGGUUCUUUCAGAUAAAACUUUAACUUGGCUGAUGCAUUGUAAAUUAGCAUAGGCAAGUAUUUAGCAACCAGAUAGCUACAAGGCACCAAUACAUAACGUAUGCACUCGAUGCUGCUGCUGCUGCUAACCGCGACAUGACAGCGCGAUUGCAAGUUCAAUCAUUCAGGAGCUAACAGAAUUGCAUGAACACGGGGAUGAUCGAGGAUGCUUUGCUGCAGCGAUCACCAAAUGCAGCUGGGACACGGCACGCGUCUCAUUGAUCCGCCGGAUCGUAUUGCUUGGGAACCUGGAGCUGGAUGCGAGCCAACUAGCUGUUCGUUCCUCCACCGGCAGCUUGCAGGCGAGAUUGCUAGCCAUAAUGCAGACAUGACAGCCUCGUAAUUGAGUGAGCUCAUUGAGCGAGGUGAUUCUUGGGUGGUGGCUUCAGUUGCAGCGUUCCAGCAGUUGAUCACACAUGAGAAGCUUCACAAAGCUUUCAUCAAUUCCAAGGAUGGCCUACCACCUGAGAUCCGCGAGCGUGCCUUCGAGCCCUCGCUCCAACGAGACCAAUGUUGAGGAGCAGCUGCAGAGCCUGAAGGCAGCCGUCUCCUCGCCUUCAGCGAGCAUCGAGACCAUGGUUGGUGGUCUGAGCAAGCUCGGGAGCAUCUACAGCCGCAUCGAUGAGAUGCUCACAUGCUUGCCCAGCAGCCAGAGGAAGGCGGUGGAGGAGGAGCUCGAGCGCUCCCUCGCCCUGCUUGACCUCUGCAACGCCGUGCAAGAGAGCUUUGUGGAGCUCAAGACCAUCGUCCAAGAGAUGCAGUUGGCUCUCAAGAGAGGAGAUGAUCUGGCUCUUCAGUCCAGGGUUCAGUGCUACGCACGCUCAGCCAAGAGGGCGCAGAAGCUGUUCAAGAAGAUCAACAAGAAGACUGCUUCUGACAUGGAAGGAUGCAGGGUGAUCAAGCUGAUCGCUGAAGCGAGAGAGAUUGCCGUGUCGGUCCUCGAAUUGACAUUGAAUCUCCUCUCAAAGCAAAUUGUGAUGCCCAGUUCUAGCAAGUGGUCACUCGUCUCCAAGUCUUUCCAAAAGAAGAGAGUUGUAUGCGAGGAGGAGCAAUUGCAAGGGUUGGAGCUGGACAUUGUUGAUCUUGAGAGCGGAGUUGGGGCUUUGUUCAGGACAUUGAUCCAGAGCAGAGUUUCUCUUCUGAACACUCUUAGCUUGUAGACAGAUCAUACAACAAUUCUGGCCCCCUGCGAUUACCAUCCGCCUUUUAUUGGAUCCGCUGAUCUAGAACCAAAUUUUUGAUGUACAUAUAUAUGAGAGGAAGUGUAUAGAAAAUUGCAUGAUUGAGAAGCAAAGUUUUUGAUCCA